AUGAAAAGUAAUAAUAAUAAUAACAAAAUACCAAUGAAUAAUGAUGAUAAGAAUGAAAAGUCAGGGCACGCAUGUGAGACGGAGUGGAGUCUUUUACUUAUCGAUUAUACUGGUGGCACUACUCAUUGUACUACUGAGAAGAAGAUUUACUACGUGGAUAGUAGAAGAUGGCUUGGAAUAAGUAGUAAAGAGAAUCAACAACAACAACAACAACAAGAGAUUACUGCAAGCAAUCAAUCAUCAUCUUAUUUUAUUGAAGGUGAUUCACCAACACCAGGUUAUCAACCAUCACCUCCAAGAGACAAGAGAAAGAAGGAAGAGGAAAAGAAACAACCAAUUGUACAGAAAAUACCUUUUAAUCAAAUUAAAAGUAAAAAGAUAUCUAUAUCUACUAUAAAUGUAAUAAUUGAAAAGACGGUACAUUAUGAAUCACCAUCGGAUCGAAGAAUAUGUAGUUAUAAAUUUAUGGAAUCUGAAAAGCAGGCAUUGAUUAAAUUAACAUCACAAUGCGAUAUUUACCUCAUGACAAUGAUUGAAGAUGAUAGUGAAGAAGAUAAAAUUAAAUCCAUUUUAAAGGAUAGUGGAAUAUUUGAUAAUGGUUUAAAUCCUCAUAAAAUACUAUUUUGUUCAACGACACAAGGAAGAGCACAUAUGUCAAGACAUCUUGAAUGUUUGAUGCACAUUGACGACGAUUACCAAGUCUUAUCAAUGUUGAAACCACAUGUUCAACAUUUACUACACAUUGACGAUGGAAAUAAUACUACUUCAACUACUUCUACUUCCACUGCCAAUAAUAGUGCUUCUUCAGUGGUCGUUCCAACCAACAACAAUCAACAACAACAAGGAAAGUUCUCAAUUUCUGCAACUCCUUCACUUCACGAGUAUUUUAAUUAA